AUGGGAGAGCCGGCGGAGGGAGGAGGCGCGAGCGCCGGCAGCCCGGCCCAUGAUCGCCGUGGCAUGAUCUUCAACGAUGGCGGCGCAAAAGCGUCGCUCCGGCCGGUUGAGCUCGACCUCAUCGGCACGGUCGGCGCACAGGCUCCGGAGCCGGAGCCGGAGCCGCGGCAGCUGUACGGGUGCAGCUACUGCGGGCGGGAGUUCUACAGCUCGCAGGCGCUGGGCGGGCACCAGAACGCGCACAAGCGCGAGCGGGCGCGCGGCAGGCGGCAGCUCGUCGUCGCCAUCCGCGGCGGCGCGUUUGUUGACGCCGAUCCCAGGUGGGAGGAGCGCGCGCCCGACUUCCUGAGGAUGAUGGCCGCCGUGGAGCUCGUGUACUGCACAGGCGACGAGCGGCGGCGGCGGGGUGUUGGAAGAAGUGGUGACGACCGCCGUGACAGUAGUGGGGAGCAAGAGCUUGACCUGACGCUGAAGCUGUAA